ACUUUUAAGUGUUAGCGAAAGCAUUCAGCCAUAGAAAUUCUAAGCUCUAAACUUUGAGUGAAUUAAACCAAGUCAAAAUUUAAUACGGAAAUCAUCUAGAGUGUAGCGAUUUUGUGAAAGUUUUAUUUACUUACUUAAUUAAAAGCAAAUAGAAUUUACUAAAAAAACACACCAAAAAAAUAUACUGAAAAUGCUUAUAAAAAAGGCUAUAUUUCUGUUGGCAUUACUGUGUGUUAAUAUAUCCUUUGGCCACACGACACAACGUCCGAGCCGCGCCAGCGCAGGUGCUGAAGAUGAUUCGAAUCCUUUGUUAGAUAUGGCCUCUAUGUUUAUACAGGAAGCGCUAAAUAAUCAAAAUAGUAAUAGUGGAAAUGGUGGCAGUGGUGGAGCUGGUGCUGGACUUGCAGGAGUCGCUUCACUGAUCGGUAGUUUUAUGCAGUCAAAUGGUGGCGGUGGUAAUGGUCAAGGAAAGGCAGCUACUGGUGCUAUGCAAAUUCUAUCCGGUAUUGGAAGUUUACUAGCAAGUGCAGGCAAUAAUAAUGCACGUAAUGGCGGUGGCGGUGGUUUUGAUCCGUCUAUUAUUAGUAAUGUUAUAGAAAUGUUUACAAACAGUGAUGAUGGAGAUGAUGCAACACAUAAUGGUAACAUAAAUCAAAAGCGUGAAUCAAAUGGUUCACCUGGUAUUGGUUUGGAUUCCAUACUCCAAAUUGCUUCAGUAUUUAUGAACUCCAAUAAUGCACAGCAACAUCAUACACAAAAGCGUUCUGUGAAUAGCGGCAGUGCUAGUAAUCAAGUUGAACCGGAAGAGAAUGGUUUGAUGAGUUUGUUGCCACUUGUUAUGCAAGCCGUUAGUUCUUUCGCUGGUCCUGAAGGACAACACACACAAGAGAAGCAUAAAGAUCAUGCUUGGGUUUUGCCACCGUUCUUAGAACACAUUCACGUUUUGUGGGAUCAUUUUUCAAAUUCAGAAUUAGCAGACGCAUUAUAUGAGAAAUCCGGCAUUAAUAAAAUACUUAAGGGUUUCAAAGGUCGUGAUGGCAAAGUCGAUUACGACAAAUUGUUCGAAUCUCUAAACAACCAAUCAUUCCGCAGACGUUGGAUUAAGUCUGCCACUUUGUAUUUGGCAGAUUGGGCUAGCUACCUGGCAAAUCCCGAGGUUUACCUGAAAUACUUCCAAACUGCACAACUGAUGUUCAAUGGCUUCCUGAAGAGUCAAGGUUAUCCGAAGAAUACCUAUUUCGAUACGAGCCGCGCUAGUGAAACAAUAUCGAACCUUUUCGAUUAUGUGGCUAAGCAGCAUUUGAAUGUGAAGAUCGAUUCACGGCAGUACGUGAAACCGGCCGUUGGUUAUGCCAAAGAACUCUUGAAAUUGGGUCAAGCACGCGGUCUGUUGCAGUUCAAUGCGACCGAGCUGAGUGAUAAAUUGACCGAUACGUUAAAUUUGGAGGUUAUCGAACCAGUUCUGAAAGUGCAUCGUGCCUAUAGAUUCAUCUCUAAGACGCCACAAUGUGAUCGCUAUGUUUUGUGCCAAUUGAAUUCAGUUGAACAGAAUCCACCAACAAAUUUACAAUCGCGUGGUCUCAUUUCUGGUGUUAGUCCAAAAAUAGUUAAGAUUGGUAGCAUGGGUGCAGCUUUCUUCAUUAGCACUGAAACUGGCACACCAUUCUGGACACUGUUCGGUGUCAUUAAUGCACCAUACAAUUGUGAGACCGCAUAUCCUGUGGACUGCAGCGGUUUUCACGAGGGUGAGGCAAAAGUUACUACAGAAUACAUACACAAUGAACUGUGAAGACUAAGUGAUGGGGGUAUCUAACUUUCUAAUAUAAACUAAAUUUACUGUGGUA